UUGGGGUGUGUGUGUGUGUGUGCGUGUUUAACCGGAGCGCGCCUUCAUACAGCGCACUGUAGAGGAACACAUGGAGGAGUGUUUGAAGAGAUCGUGUCCGUGUCUCCGGGCUUUAUGGGACCAGCUGUUUAAAAGUGAAAAGCGCGAUAAGCCCGAGACAAAAGGAGACAGUAAUGAGGAUGGGAAGCAGGAGUCGGGGGACAGCGCCGUGUACAUGGCGCUAUGGGCUUUCGAGGCGCGCGACACAGACGAGCUGUCGUUCGACGCGGGAGAUCGGUUCCGCAUCGUGCGGCGCACAGGGGACUGGUGGACCGCCGCCAAACUGGACCCGAGCGGCUGCGUGCUCGCCGCCGGAAUCGUGCCGCACAAUUACCUGGAGCGCGCAGAUUCGGUUACAUCACAACCGUGGUUCUUUGGGAAAAUGAACCGGGUUGAGUGUGUCAGUCACCUCCUGACAAGUCAAAACAAAGAGGGAGCUUUCCUGGUGCGAGUCAGUGAAAAUGACAAUGUGGGCCAUGUAAUCUCGGUUAAGGUAAAAAACAAAUCAAAGCACUUUAAGAUCUUUCAGUCGAAAAAGGGAUUCUACGUGGAGGAAUCAUGUUGCUUCUCAAGUUUGCUGGAUCUUGUACAACACUAUCAGAGUCAUCCUCUGGCCCCUUCAUACAAACUUGGGAAACCUUGUGUUAGGAGAAAGCCUGUGUCCCAGGACCUAUCUCACACCACAGUAGACAUGUGGGAACUUCCCAAAGAGGACUUCACCUUGGAGGACAAGUUGGGCAGUGGUUACUUUGCUGAUGUUUAUCUGGGCAAGUGGAAGAACCAUACGCAGGUGGCCAUCAAAAUUCUCAAGAAAAAUGAGUCUCUGAACCAGAAAACUUUUCACAUGGAGGUUGAGGUUUUGAAACGGUUGCGACACAACCACCUUAUUUCACUGUUCGCAAUAUGCACGUCCUCCUCCCCCUAUUACAUCAUCACUGAGUACAUGGAGAAGGGAAACCUGCAGAAUUUGCUCCGUAGUCCAGAGGGCAACACUUUAGACCCGGAAAUCUUGACUAACAUGGCAUUCCAGGUGGCUGAUGGGAUGACUUACCUGGAGACUAACAAUAGUAUUCACAGAGACCUGGCAGCUCGCAAUGUACUUGUUAGUGAAGGAUAUCUGUGCAAGGUGGCUGACUUUGGUUUAGCCCGAUUUGUCAAGGAGCCAUUCUACUUGUCAAAUGAUACAAAGAUUCCUUUCAAAUGGACAGCUCCUGAAGCCAUCGAGCAUGGCCUUUUCUCAAAUAAAUCCGAUGUCUGGUCUUUUGGCAUUCUCUUGUAUGAGAUUUAUUCAUAUGGUGCAAAUCCGUAUCCAGGAACCAGUAAAAGAGAUCUACUUGCGGAGCUGAAACGUGGGUACAGGAUGCCUGCUCCUCCCAAAUGUCCUCAGUUCAUCUCCAAGAUUAUGGAGUCCUGUUGGAGCGAUCAGGCAGGGGAUCGGCCAAGUUUUAAGCAGCUGAGAAUUGAGCUUCAUGACCACAUUAAUCACGUGUAUUAGCUCUCUCUCUCUCUCUCUCUCUUUCUCUCUCUCUCUCUCUCUCUCUCUCUCUCUCUCUCUCUCUAUAUAUAUAUAUAUAUAUUGUUUGUAUAUAAUGUACAUAUGUUUUUCCAAAGUAAUGUACAGCAUGUGAUUCAGAUUUCACCUAAAAGUCUAGUAAGGAUUUAAGACAUUAGCAUGCAUAAAAAUGUCUUAGUAUAUGAGCUGUACACAAUGUUUUAAAUGUAAUACUAUUAAGCGUAUUCAUUUUUAUACUAGAUGAUGUGCAUGAAAAGCUGCUGUAAUGAUAUUGCUGAGAUGUUAAAAAACCUGGAACAGUUUCAGUUUAAUUGAAGCAUAGUGCACUAUAAUCACUAGCAAGUGCGUAUGGAAAUAUAUGAUUUUGCUUUAAGAUAUGUACUCAAUGUCAGGCGUAGACACUGUACAUGAUAAUGAGAACAGAGUUUUUAAUAGAAGCAUAAUUCGUUGUGUGAUAGUAGACCAUAACACCAAAGCAGCAUUCGAUCAUAGGAAAAUUUACUUAUAAAACUACAACUCAGAAUAGUGACAUGUCAAAAUGUGAAAAACACAAACUAAAGACAAGAAAACGCCACCCAAUUUAACCCAACUCAGAUAAGGCUGACAGAUUUAAGCCACAGUUUCUAAACUUUGGAGUACUUUUGGUGCUACAGGGUUUUUAUUGCUCCCAGUUCACUCAAUCCCCUAGGUUAUAGUUCUCGCUGAAAAGCUACUCAAUUUACAAUUUAAACUCCUGAGAUGUCUACAUUUACCGCCAAAUAGGAAUUGUUUUAGUGGAGUAUGUUGUAUAGAACAUCACAGAAUGAUCAUAACUUUUAUUAACUAUCACAGUACUAUUUGCUUUAAAGAACGAAAAAAAUAAUAAUAAUAAAAUACAAUUUUAUUUUAAACAUCCUAA